AUGUCAACGGUCCUAAGGUUCAAGCCUUUCCGCGUUGCUUACAAGCAAUUCCACAAUUAUUUUUUGCUGGAGAAAGAAGCAGGAUGCACUUUGGCGGAUCUUGAUUUCGAUACUGAUAUCCGCAAGUCCAUCCAGAAACUACGUUCCCAUGAGUUUACGCCGGGCGAAAUAGUGCACUACACUUUCCUCACGCUGUUGAUCUUGUUUGUUUAUAUCAUUUUCCCCGCGUCUUUUUUGCUCAAAACGCCCAUCUUGGCGGCUUUCGGCUUUUGUUUCUUAUUGCCCUUGACGUCCCAGUUUUUCGUGUCAGCGUUGCCCAUUUUCACAUGGUUGGCGCUUUUCUUCUCUGCCAGCAAAAUCCCUGUGGACUGGAAGCCUGUCAUUAGCGUCAAGUUUCUUCCUGCCAUGGAAACUAUCUUGUACGGAGACAACUUGUCGAAUGUUUUGGCAGCCACCAACAACUGGGUGCUAGAUAUCUUGGCGUGGUUGCCCUACGGUAUCAUCCACUUUCUGUCGCCAUUUGUAGUUGCGCUCUUCAUUUUCCUUUUUGCUCCGCCCACUUCUUUGCGCUCGUUUGGCUUCGCCUUUGGCUACAUGAAUGUGGUUGGUGUGUUGAUCCAGCUUUGUUUCCCCUCAGCUGCUCCGUGGUACAAGAACUUGCACGGCCUAGAACCUGCAAACUAUUCCAUGAACGGGUCUCCUGGUGGCUUGGGCCGCAUUGACGAGCUUUUCGGUGUCGACAUGUACACCACUACUUUCAUGAACUCACCAUUGGUUUUCGGCGCGUUCCCCUCGCUCCAUUCGGGCUGCGCAGUCAUGGAUGUGCUCUUUUUGUGCUGGCUCUUCCCUCGUUUCACCUAUGUUUGGUGGGGCUACGCCUGUCUUUUGUGGUGGAGCACCAUGUAUUUGACGCACCAUUAUUUUAUCGACUUGAUCUUCGGUGCCGCUUUAUCUGUGCUCGUUUUCAACUAUGUCAAGUACACGCAGUUGCCAGUGGUGGACCCCACCAAGUUCUGUCGCUGGCUGUACACCACCGUGGAGCUUCUUGACAUCAACGCCAACGACCCAUUGCAGAGUUUCGUGCCAUUACACGGAGACAUGGAAGAAGGUAUGCUGCAUCCCUUUUACCACGCGCCAGCGCUCGAGAAUUUCGAAAUGUCUACUAUAAACCGUUCACGGGAAAGCGUGGCCGCGCCGUUUCCGACCAUAGCUGAGGAUGUGGCUGAGGAAACCGACAGCAGCGCGUCCAAUUCGGUUUUUGAUGCUGAGCGUUUUGACGAAGAAACGCAUCCUAGCCUGCGUACGUCCAGCACCUCGUUGAACGACUUGCUUCUUCCCCUGAGCUCGAGCAGCUCAAAGCCUAAAAGAAGCACGUAG